AUUAUUAAAAUAGAUAAUGGAAAACACGCGACAAUCAUUACUUAAGACACUUAGUAAUUUUAGUAUAAAAUCAUUAAGCGAAUGAAACCGUAUAAAAGAAUGUUACUUUUAUGACUAAUUAUUUGCUUUAUCAGCGGCUUAUGUGUCGCCUAUGCUCCUAUGUUGGCUUGUGUAGAAAUUUCGAUAAGAUGCCGCUGACUUAUUUGUAAUGUUAUUUUUUUUUUUUUGAAUAUAACAGAAUUAGAUAAGAUGUAGUCGACUCAUUUUUAAGACUCAUAAAUGAAAUAAACUUCAUAACUGUGAUAUAUCUUUUAAAAUUUGUGACGUUUAUUUUCUCAACUUCAAACAAAGAUUUAGUUUUAUUUUGAGAUGCGGUGUUUUUAUCGACACAAAAAGUGUAUUUUAUUGAUUUUGGUGCUGUGGAUGCUAGUUUUUGGGUACUUGUUUUGGCAAUUGGGAAGCCACGAAGAAAGUUAUGAUGAUGUGACCUUACUAUGGUGGAAUUAUAUGCCUUCUAGUUAUAAAGAUGCUCGCUUUUGCGGAAAAUAUUGGUGCAAAUUUGUCGGCGACCAGAGUAUGCUUGAGAAGUCAAAGGCUAUACUAAUUUAUGGUUCCAAUAUAAAAGUGGAGAACAUGCCACUACCACGAUUACCAAAGCAUAUGUGGGCCUUACUCCAUGAGGAAUCACCGCGUAAUGUGCCUUUUAUGCCAUAUGUGGAUGUGUUAAAGCAUUUCAAUUACACUGCAACAUUUAGUCGUUUUAGUGAUUUACCACUGACAACACAGUAUCUUCCCAAUGUUGGAGAUCUCACAAAUUCCACCUAUUUAGUACCCGUACAGAAGAAAAGUGCGAAUAAGGCGAUCGCACCAAUUAUAUUUUUACAAUCAAAUUGUGAUACGAUGUCGGGCCGUGAAGAUUAUGUACGUGAAUUGAUGGAUUAUAUACAGAUUGAUUCCUAUGGCAACUGCAUGCAUAACCGUGAUCUUUCAAAAGAUUUACAGAAAGAUUAUUUAAACAAUUUAUAUUCACCACAAUUGUACAGGUUAUUGGGAAAAUACAAGUUUGUUUUGGCAUUCGAAAAUGGUGUAUGUGAUGAUUAUAUAACUGAGAAGCUUUGGCGAGCUCUGAUUGUUGGGUCUAUUCCUAUAUAUUUUGGUGCUCCUAACAUAAAGGAUUGGGUUCCAAAUGCAAAGUCUGUUAUUUUUAUUGAUGAUUUUGAUAGUCCAAAGGACUUGGCUGAAUUCAUUAAAAACUUAAAUAAAAAUGAUGUGGAAUAUAACGAAUAUUUAGCACAUAAAUAUAACCGCCUUCAUCCAAUUGAAAACUUACAUUUGAAGCAAGAACUUGCAACAAGAGUAUAUAGUGAGAACGGUAAGAGUCUUUUCGCCGCGUUUGAAUGCGGAGUUUGCCAGCGUCUUCAUCAGCUCGACGAAUUUGGUUCAAGGGUAGCUCAUAUUAAACACUACAAUUGUCCUUUGCCUUUGGUGUAUCCCAAAAUGCGUACAAAAGUCAAAAAUGAUUGGAAUUCAAUUAUGUCUAUCGGCAAAUGUCAGGCUCAAUUAUUUGAUGAGCUUAUGCAACUCAAUGAGAGUUUUACUAAAGCCGAAUGGCUUUCCAUCUUAAACGAGAGGGUCGAAACGGGUCUAUGUGAUUAGGAAUUACUUUGUUAACAUUUAACGUUAUUGUUUAUUAUUAUGUAUUGAAUCGAAAUAUUUUUAUAACAAUAUUUUUGUACAAAUGACAAUUGUGAUGAAAUUUGUAC